AGAUAGUUUAAAACGCGUGAAGGAAUACUAUAUAAUUGAACUAUAUUCAUUGACAUAUUUCAAAACAUUGGCAUCUCAACCUAGUAAGGGUUCAAAGAGAACAAUGGGCAAAACAGGAAGCUCAUUGUUGGCGAAACUCGUCUUGAUCCUUAGUUUUGCAGUUGUAGCUCUUGGAAGUAAUACCGUUACUAACCUAAAAGCCUUCUAUUUGGUGCAGCAGUGGUUAGGUUCAUACUGUAAUCAAGCAGGAACAAAAUGUUGCUAUCCUGAAUGGGGGAAACCUAGUCCAGAUUUUACUAUUGAUGGGCUAUGGCCUUACUCUGGUGAUGGAAACUUUGCCUACAAUUGUGGUGACGACAACUAUGAUGUUGGUCGGAUAAAAUUCAUGCAGGAUGAGCUACGAAAAUCAUGGCCAUCUUUCACAUGCCCACAAAUCGGAAGGAAGUUUUGGGUGCAUGAAUGGAACAAACACGGAACAUGCACAAAAUCAGUCUUAGGUGAGAUCCCUUAUUUUGAAGCCGCUUUGAACCUCAAGAAGCAAGCCAACAUCUACCAAGCCCUAGCAAAAGCCGGUAUUACACCGGGCAACAAGUUUUACUCUCUUAAGGACAUCAAGAGGGCUCUAGCUCGAUCCAUCGGGUUUCACCCAUGGGUUAGGUGUAAUCACAAUGCUCAAGGACAUAGCCAAAUUUGGCAAGUCACAUUUUGUGCAGACAAAAGUGGGAAGCAUCUUAUUGAAUGCCCUUACAUUCCUUCGGGACGUAACGAUUGUGCAUCUCAUAUCCAGUUACCUCCCUACUAUUAAUAGUAUAGUACGUACCAUUGUACCAAGCUAAGCUAGGUUAUUUGUUGAGCUUCCUCGAUUGCAUUAUUAUAACUCUUUGAUUAUGUUUUGUGUUGCACUUUUGAAUAAACAACAACUAUCAUAAUUUGUUGAUCAUUAUUGUACUCAAUCCGGUAUUGUGAAUAAUUCAAUCCGGUCAAUUUAUGUGAUAUUGUACGUCUUUGCUAGUCAAUUUAAUCAUGUGAUGGUCUUUAUUAGUCUAUUUAAUUAUGUGAUAUUCAUAAUUGAUACUGUCUUCACUAGU